CAACAGAGAAAACAAGAUGGCGGAAUCAGGGCCAGGAAGUUUUGGCUACGAGCAGACUUUGAUGUACGGUCGCUACACCAAGGAACUUGGUGAAUAUGCGCGACAAGAGGCGGCCAAAAUCGACAUCAAGAAGAAAGAACUGCAAGAAGAAAGAAAAAAGUUUGGUUAUUUUUUCCCAUGUUCUUGGCGGCCAAGAUGUCCGGCAUGUUGUGUAAAAACAAAACAAUGGUGUAGAUAUUUUGGAGGUUGGCUGAUAUAUGCCCGGAAUGCUCUUUUCACAAAGAUAGGAGAAGAUUGGAUUUUUCUCACAUUCCUUGGCAUCAUCAUGGCUUUGCUCAGCUUCAUUAUGGACUUCAUCAUUCAAAAGUGUCAAAUAGCUCAUAUCUGGCUAUACAGAGAGUUAGAAUUAUCGGCAGUCCUACAAUACUUUGCCUGGGUCAUCUUUCCUGUCGUGUUCGUUAUCUUCUCGACUGGCUUUGUUCAUUUAGUUGCACCCAAUGCUAUAGGUUCUGGUAUCCCUGAGAUGAAAACGAUCAUGCGUGGUGUCGUCUUAAAAGAAUACCUCACAUUUAAAACGUUGAUAGCAAAAAUGGUUGGUCUGUGUACGUCGUUGGGAAGUAGUUUGCCUAUAGGAAAAGAGGGUCCAUUUGUGCAUGUCGCCAGUAUCGUUGCGACACUGCUUAGUAAGAUGAUCACAUCCUUCCAUGGUAUAUUCGAAAAUGAGUCUCGGAACCACGAGAUGUUGGCUGCAGCGUGUGCAGUGGGUGUGGCCUGCACAUUUGCUGCACCAAUUGGGGGUGUAUUAUUCAGCAUCGAGGUCACAGCUUCCUAUUUUGCCGUCCAUAACUAUUGGCGGGGCUUCUACUCAGCUGUCUGUGGUGCCAUCACAUUCCGUCUUCUCGCGAUUUGGUUCUCGGAUGAAGCUACGAUUGCUGCCUUAUUCAAAACUCAUCUACGGCAUGAGUUCCCAUUUGAUCCAGUUGAGCUGCUGGCUUUUGCAUUUAUUGGCAUUGUGUGCGGCCUAGGUGGUGCUCUCUAUGUUUACCUUCACAGACGCAUUAUCUACUUCAACAGAAAGCACAAGAGAAUGUCCGCCUUCUUACAAAAAAAUCGUUUCCUCUACCCAACACUUGUCACAUUCCUGAUAACAUCCCUGACCUUUCCGCUUGGUCUAGGACAGUUCAUGGGUGGUGAGCUGACAUAUCACAGAGCAAUAGACAUGCUAUUCAGCAACUUCACAUGGAUCGGCGCCGACACCAAAAUGAUGACGUUAGGCGAGAGGGAAAUCAUACGUUAUUGGUCCCCAGAACACAGCCAUAUAUUCGUCACUUUGACGCUGUUUAUCAUUCAUCAGUUCUGGGCGUCCGCCUUGGCUAACACGUUACCCAUACCGACGGGACUGUUUAUUCCUGUUUUCACAACUGGUGCUGCAUUUGGUCGUUUGACCGGCGAAUGUAUGGCGGCUUGGUUCCCUAAGGGUAUACAGACGGGUGACAAGAUAUCGUUAGUGAUGCCUGGUGGCUAUGCAGUGGUUGGGGCUGCGGCGUUAUCAGGGAGCGUCACCCAUACCAUCUCGACGUCUGUAAUCGUGUUUGAAUUAACAGGACAGAUCAGUCAUAUUCUUCCAGCAGUGAUUGCCGUUCUGAUCAGCAAUGCUAUAGCCCACACCCUCCAGCCAUCCAUCUACGACAGCAUCAUACAAAUCAAGAAACUUCCAUUCCUGCCGGAUAUCGUGACGAAAGGUGGGGCAAGCAAUGCGUACAAUAUAUUUGUUGAGGACAUCAUGGUUCGAGAUGUCAAAUAUGUGAGCUACGCUUCGACGUAUCUCCACAUUCAGAAUUUGUUGCGGUACACCAACGUCAGGGCUUUCCCAUUGGUUGAUUCAGCUAAGUCGAUGAUUCUGCUUGGAUCAGUCCAGCGCGCGGAACUUGUGCGUCUCCUUGAAGAACACCUUGGCCAUGAUCGGCGGCGUCUAGAUGUUUCACAGACCAGUCAGGGACAGCGGAUAUAUGAUGUCGGGGAUGACAUCCACUCGGAGGCUGCCCCGGUCGAUAAGCCAUUUGAGGAGGCUGAACUGAUGCGCUCUAUCCAGGCGAUUAUUCCAACGAUAUGUGUGCCUGACAUACCCCCGAACCUGCAAGCUCCGCAACAGGCCUUGAUCAAAUCACGCUCCGUACCAACGCUCAUGAUCACCCCCGCCAACGAGACGCCCACCACACCCCCCACGGCUAGUCGAUCGCACUUAUCAGCAUUUUUUCCGAGGGAUUUCAAAUACCGUAGUCACAGUAGCGUGGGAAGUGCGCCCUCUGUGAGCAGUAUCGAGUCGAGCAAUUACGACACGGUCCACAGCAUAAGCAGCGCUCAUGAGCUGCUCUCCAAGGUUCCCAAGAAGUCCAUUCUGAAGAAGAGUCCGGCCAGCACACCGCAGACCCGCAGCCCAGAGGGUAGUCCACCAUCAGAAAGGAGGUUCGCCACGCUCUCAGUAUCAAAUGACGAUACUAUUGGAUCGGGGGAAGGAUCACCAAGAAUCAAGAGAAAGCUCAAACUGCCUCCUCCCAGGGUAGUGGAUAUGACGCCAGAAGACCAAACAAGAUGGGAGCAGCAGCAGCUUCGGCAGACUGUCAACUUCGACAUGUGUCAGAUUGAUCCAGCACCCUUCCAACUGGUGGAGCGCACCUCGUUAUUCAAGGUGCAUUCCUUAUUUGCCUUGCUCAGCCUGAAUCAUGCCUACGUAACCAACACCGGUAGACUGGUGGGAGUCGUCGCUUUGAAAGAGGUGCGGCUGGCCGUACAGGGAGCGACGCAGACCAUGUACGAAGGUGAGAAGAACAAUACGCAAGAUGAUCCCGAUGGCUCUCUUUCGACGCCAUUGAACAUCCAGGAGGAAAGCGGAGACUGAAUAGUCUAUUGCCAAAUCGCCACGCCAUACAUGUACGAGGUCAUCUACUUCUUGCCUAAAGCUACAUAGGCUAUCAAAGAUCACAAGGACAUCUGUUACGAUCAAGAAGUGGUCCUUUUCUUUGGAACUGACCACCAAACCAUGCCAGAAUGAGCGAGGUUGUUCAGUCGAUCAAGCAGCUUUUGGAGUUGUGGAUCUCUUGUAAACACAUGGAGGGAUACAUGUUGCACCUGAACCAUGUGGUCAUGUUAUGUUUUGUAUUUGCUAUAAUCUGGUUCGAAUUGGGUAGUCUCGAUCAGGGCCUAGAGAAGAUGUUGGACUUUCAAAAUUGCCAUUGAAAGGAGUAUACUAUUACAUCUCACCUGAGGUGUUCUGACUACUCUUCUAUUGAAAUAGUUUCAUCACCUUGGAUUAUGAAAGUUCUUUCAUCACAAGCUUAGGAAACACACAUGUACCCGGUCUGCGAUUCUGUCAAUCCAUAUCCUGGGAAAACUUCUGCUUGUGAUGAAAGAACUUGCUUGUUCUAUUUUGUUUAUCAUGUUUCUAAUGAGAUAGUUUAGGGUACAAGAGAUAAUCAUGUCGGCCAACCACCGAGGCUCUAUAACCAACGUUACCUUAUACUGUGGUGAUGGGGAGUCUGACACUGUUUAUUGCAAUAUAUAAUCUGUGAUUUAUGGGUUAACUUUUUGUUGACUCUAUGCAAUUGAGGAAGAGGGGUUAAAGGAUCUCAAAAUAUGUUCUGUAUAUAGGCUGCGAUUGCAUAUUGUAGAAAUUGCAAUAGGUGGCCCAGAGGCCAAGAUCUGUAUCGGCCAUAACCUACCCUCUAAUGAAAUUGAUGACUACAUGUAGUCCUAUUUAUCCAUUGGCUUGAAUAUAUUACUGUUUGACCAUGUAUGAAUAAAGAUCUUGGCCUCAUCUGAUUUCUGGGGCGGCUACUUAAAGGGGGGCCAUAGGCAGGAGCAAGAUCAGCCAGGUAUAAAAGUUCAUAAAGUCGCUGAUAGAUGUCUCUGCUAUCUAAUACACUACAUCCACAAUAAUCAGGCUAAAAGUUCAUGAAGUCGCUGAUAGAUGUCUCUGCUAUCUAAUACACUACAUCCACAAUAAUCAGGCUUGUUCAAGGAAAACAAAUUAUCACGAAAUCAAACAAGACUUGUGUCUCUAACUAUGCAUUUGAGUCACCUGUUGUCACCUCAAGUGAGAUCAUCACUUAGGACCCCUUGCUUCUGCCUAUAGCCCCCCUCCCUUGAAAUCAAUGUCAUGUUGUGCCUGCAAUAAGGUUUAUUCACAUGUAUAAAAGGUUUUCAGGAAUACCUCCGCAUUUUGCCAUAUUUGUAAAUAUUCUUUCCAAUUUUGUGCUAUACUUCUGUGAAGGAUUUAUAUGAUAUU